CGGCCAGCUGUUCACUCCUGAGACGCCUGCUUCACAUCCACCAUGAAGGCCCUCCUGCUUCUCGCCCUCUUCUCCGUGUGCAGUGCCAACGUCAUCUGGCAGGAGCCAAAGACCAGCCUGGACGUGGUGAAGGAGGCCUUCUGGGACUAUGUCGCGAAGGCCACGCUCACAGCCGAGGACUCCCUGAAGCAGAUCCGCGAGUCCGAGCUGGGACAGGAAGUGAACUCCAGGAUCUCCCAGAGCGCGGUGGCGGUGAACCAGUACGCGGCGGCCCUCCGGCAGCAGGCGGCGCCCCUCGCCCAGGACUUCCUGAGCCGCCUGUCCCAGGAGGCCGAGCGGCUGAAGGCCGGGCUGGAGAAGGAGCUGAGCGCGGCCCAGCCCGGAGCCCAGCAGCUGCUGGCGGAGCUGCGGGUCCAGGUGGAGCAGCUGCAGAGGGAGGCCGCCCCCUACGUGGAGGCCAUGGACCCCCAGGCCCUGAAGGCCGUGCUGGAGCAGGGCAGCCAGCAGCUGAGGGCCCAAAUGGAGCAGAACCUGGGCCGCAUGCAGGCCCAGAUGGCCCCCUACUCCGAUGAGAUCAGGGAGAAGGUGGAGCAGAGCCUGGACGAGUUCCAGAGGAGCAUGGUGCCCCUGGCCCAGAGCUUCGAGACCCAGCUGGGCCUGAAAAGCCAGGAGGUCCAGCAGAGGCUGGCCCCGUUCGGGGAGGAGCUGAAGGCCAAGCUGGACUCCAGCGCCCAGGACCUGCAGGCCCAGCUGGCCACCCUGUGGGAAACCUUCACCAAGAAGACCCAGUAAAGGGACUGUGGGAACCUGUAUUUAUUCUGAAUCCACCAAGCAUGUGUUCAACACAAUAAAAAGACAAAAAUCUGUCCUCUGUGGUCCGUUUCUGCUGCUCAGAUAAACUGUUUCCUGAUCCUGAACUCAUGUUUCCACUUCUGUCUGUAAUAUCUGCUGGAACACAGCUCAUUUAGUGGAAAUCAGAGCUGGUUCUGAAGGGAAAACCAGCAGAAAGUGUGAGUUCCUUUCCCUCAG